AUGACUAGCUUCCUUCCCUCACUCCCUCGACAGCUCUUCGACAUGGGCUCCUCUUUCAUGGACGAGGUCUUCAAGUGUUUCACCCUGUCCAUCUCCGAUAUGGCCGACACGUCCUCGCCGCAGUCAGCGCCCACGAGUGCAAAGCCGUCUUGCCAGGCAGAAGCCACUCAGCCAGAAGGCAUUCCUGUCUACGACGACAUUCUACCGAACGCCGCCAAACCGACUUCCUCCGUCUCAAACAACACUUUCUCGCGCAAGCCGUCUUCAUCGCCCCCACCGCCAAUUCUGUCCCCGUUGACGCGCGACUCACCCAUCCAGCGACCGAGUCUCGAGAAAACUGACUCGUAA